AUGCAGGACGACCAACACGCACAACCCCCCAGCACUGACUUUCGAAUCUGGCAACAAAACCUGCGGAAAUCAUCAAAUGCCUGGGAGCAUAUGCUCCAGAAUCUAGACCCUUCCUACUACGAUAUCGCCUGCAUCCAAGAACCAUUCCUUAACCCUGUAGGACUAGCUAACGCUUCCAACCUUAGACGCUUUUGGGAUGUUAUAUACCCCUCCAAUCACCACGCUAACCCCGAACGCUCGCAGACCAUCCUACUUAUCAACAAGAAUUUAUCCAAGAACAAUUGGCACGUCAUCCCGCUCGACACGCCGAACGUGACCGCCAUCGAGAUCCACGGCAACUUUGGAAAGGUGCGUAUCUAUAAUAUUUACAACGCGUGCGAUCACUCGAGAACCCUCCAAUUCAUGGAGCAACACUUAAUCGCCGAGGAGGCAGUUCAUCGAAACCUCCCCCGUACCAUUGCUCAAGGCAACAAUAGAGCGGACAACGUCCACAUGAUAUGGAUGGGCGAUUUCAAUCGCCACCACCCCAUGUGGGAACUCACGAGCAACUCCCACCUAUUCACCGCAGCGAACUUAGACGCUGCGGACCUACUGAUUAAUCUCCUAGCUGAAUAUAGUCUAACGCAAACGUUACCCCACGGCAUCGCAACCCUCGAGGCGUCGAACACGAAAAACCACACGCGCCCCGACAACGUG